AUGCUCUACAUCCGAGCCUGUGAACAAGAUGACCUGCUGGGCAUGAUUUCCCUUGCUAUUACUGACUCUCAGAUCACGGCCUCCUCGGUUCUGAAUAAUGCCUGGUCCAAGGACUGUCUGCCGGCUAAUGGACGACUGUACAUGCCCAAUGGUCUGGCGUGGUGUCCUAAAUACAAAUCUUCCACAGAGUGGCUCCAGGUGGACCUUGGAAUCCGUGCAACGGUACUCAUAAAAUACUAUGAAUUAUUUUUUUCCCAUUUGCUUGGAUAG